UGCGGCACGGUGGGAUCUUGCGGAAGCUGCCAGCUAGCUAAGCUAGUUAUCGGGGUCCGGUGUUUAGGGUUAACUAGCCGCCUGCGACCGUGCGAGUGUUACACGAGUUGACACCUGAGGUAGCGGUUUUUGCGGCUGCGGCUCCGCCGUGUCACGGAUCUGGUGAAACCAGUAGAUCCAGCAGAUCUCACAGGACCUUAUCAGACCGAGACGCUCAUGGAGUGGUCGAAAUGUGCUUUGCAGGUCGGGGAAUUAACUACAAGCGAGUGCCUGGCGUGGAUACACUUUGUAAUUACUGCAUACUGCCAACUAGAAAUAGGAAGCAACAAGAUGGCUCGGAGCUAUGGCAAGAGGUUUUCCGUUGCCCUAUCUUGAUGCAUACUGCCAGACUCCCGUGCAUUUUAGCAAAGAACACAUCCUGCGAGAUAUGUUUUGCUCGACUGACAUUUUAAACGGAUCCAUGUUUACAACAUUCCAAGAAUCUAAAGUGAGGAAAAAAAACACGACCAUCCUUCUACUUUCUUAAGGGCACCUUUCGCCUCAGCUCCCAAGUAGCCCCGAUUCCUAUUCAGUCGGUCAGUGUCGCUCCGGAAUUCCACCUGCCAUGAGAUUCCGAAUCUAUAAGAGGAAGGUGUUCAUACUGACCCUGGUGGUGCUCGCUUGCGGCUUUGCCUUCUGGAGCAGCGGCAAGCAGAAGAAGGCCGACGUGUUUGCUAAGGAGCCAGAGGCAGGCAGGGGCAGCCGGCCGCAGGCGACUCCCGGGCUCAGGAGGCCGUACAAUGAGACGCAGGCCGAGAAGGUGGUGCGGCCUGAGGUUGACAACGUGACUCUAGUCUAUAGGGGAAUCGUGUUUCAGCUGAACUUUGACCAGACCGUCAGGAAUGAGGAAAAAUUCAAAAUGCGCCAGAAGGAUGAUCUGGUGGUGGUCGUCCAGGUUCACAACCGGCCCGAGUAUUUGAAGCUGCUCGUCGAGUCUCUUCGGAAGGUGAAGGGCAUUGAGAACAUACUGCUAAUAUUUAGCCAUGAUUACUGGUCACCGGAGAUCAACCAAGUGGUUGCGUCUGUAAAUUUCUGCCAAGUCCUUCAGAUCUUCUUUCCCUUCAGCAUCCAGCUUUACCCGCACGAGUUCCCAGGAAAUGACCCCAAAGACUGCCCCAGAGACAUUCCCAAGAAAGAUGCCUUAAAGUUGGGGUGCAUCAAUGCAGAGUACCCUGAUUCUUUUGGCCACUACAGAGAAGCCAGGUUCUCCCAGACUAAACACCACUGGUGGUGGAAGCUGCACUUUGUGUGGGAGAGGGUCAAAGUCCUAAAAGACCACAGUGGUCUGGUACUGCUUAUUGAGGAGGAUCAUUACCUGUCACCAGACUUUUACCAUGUCCUGAAGAUGAUGGAGUCUCUCAAGAGCGAGCAGUGCCCAGAAUGUGACAUCUUGUCACUAGGAACCUACAGUCACACUGGCUAUUCCAGCAAGGUCAACAAAGUGGAGGUGAAGGUUUGGAAGUCUACAGAGCACAACAUGGGAAUGGCCAUGUACAGGGAGACCUACCAGAAGCUCAUCCAGUGCACGGAUAUAUUCUGCACUUACGACGACUACAACUGGGACUGGUCGCUGCAGUACCUAACGGUGAACUGUCUGCCAACGUUCUGGAAGGUGAUGAUGAGCGAGGCCCCCCGCAUUUUCCACGCAGGCGAUUGUGGGAUGCAUCACAAGAAGGCCUGCAUGCCGUCCAGCCAGAAGGCUAAAAUCGAGAGCGUCCUUCAGAGCAGCAGCAACCAGUUGUUCCCAAAGAUGUUGUUCGUCAACAAGAAACAGCCUGCAGGUGGGCUGUCACCCCACGUGAAGAAUGGAGGCUGGGGAGACAUCAGGGACCAUGAACUCUGCAAGAGCUACCCCAGAUUACAGUGAUGUUUAUUUUCUAUUGUUUUUUUUUGGUUUUUUUUGUCCUUCGCAUCCUCUUUAAAAGCCUUUUACAUAUAUAUAUAUAUAUUUUCUUUUAUGGACUGUUAAUACUGCCUGUUUUUUUUUUUUUGUUUUUUUUGCCUGUCCCCAGUAAAGUACAUGGUGAGGGGGGGGGUUAGGCUUCUAAAUGGGGUUGUCUUUUGAUGAUCCAACUAAAACUAAAUGGAUAGAGUGUCUGAUAGAAUUUUAUGGAGAGAAACGUAUUGACAGUGGCACUUUUCAUCAUGUUCCCCUUCUAAAAAUUAUAUAUUAUUACAUUUUUGUAUUGAAGUCAUGAUGACAAGACCGGUUUAUAAAUUCCAUGUUAUAAUUUUAAAAGAAUGUUUAUAUUUCAUGUUGGAUUAAAUGGCCUGACAAAAAUCAAAUAGGCAAAAUUAUAAUGCUCAGUUAAUGGUCUGUUUUCCCCUGUUUUGUGGUUUGUUCUCAAAUCAAUUAAAAAAAUACUGUUAACUUGA